AUGGAGCCGCGCCGCACCCCCGAAUACGUACUCGAGGUCUUCGCGGAUCCCACCUGUGUGAAGGACAUCGUCAAAGCCAUCCUGCACACCAUCUUCUUCCAUCGCUACUUCACGCCGGUGACUCCGCUGCACCGCGACCUGCUCGACCUGACGCUGCCGGCCAUCGACGACGUUGAUCUCGAGACGCUGAUCGACCGGCGCGCGGCCGAGCUGGUGCGCGCCCUGGAGACGGGCGCCGGGCACCAGCAGCGCGGCCGCGGGCAGCUGGCCAUACAGUUCUUCGAGAAGCGGCGAAGAAAAUCGUAUUUCCCGUUCGGCGGGCUAGGAAAGGGGCGCGGUGACGAGGAGAUCUGCUGGGAGCUGUGGACGCUCGACGUCACGCUCGCGACGCCCCGGAACGAGACCGACGUCAUCAAAGUGAGGCGCGCGAUGGAGAAGAGCCUGCACAAGACGGCGCUCAAGAUUGUCAACAUCGUCAACCGCGACAAGGACCACAUCCCGCCCAUCACGACGACCGAGACGAACCCGUUUCCGUACCAGAUUGUGGUGAACCCGCAAAGAGAAGGAUGGGGCCAGAGAAUAGGCAUAUUCUGA